UUGGCUACACCAUGAAUGACCUCAUCUUCCAGUGGCAAGAGCAAGGUGCAGUACAAGUGGCAGAUGACCUAACCCUGCCCCAGUUUAUCCUGAAAGAAGAGAAAGAUUUGCGAUACUGCACCAAGCAUUAUAACACAGGCAAAUUCACCUGCAUAGAAGCUCGCUUCCACCUGGAACGACAGAUGGGCUACUAUCUUAUCCAGAUGUAUAUCCCCAGUCUGCUCAUUGUCAUCCUCUCCUGGAUCUCUUUCUGGAUCAACAUGGAUGCUGCACCUGCACGGGUGGGCUUGGGCAUCACCACAGUGCUCACCAUGACUACCCAGAGCUCUGGUUCUCGAGCAUCCUUGCCUAAGGUCUCCUAUGUGAAAGCCAUUGACAUCUGGAUGGCAGUGUGUCUGCUCUUUGUGUUCUCUGCGCUGUUGGAAUAUGCUGCUGUCAACUUCGUGUCCCGGCAGCACAAAGAGUUACUCAGGUUCAGGAGGAAAAGGAGACACCACAAG